GGCGGCGGAAGAUCAGCGAUCGCUGGCAUGAACAUGGCGGAGACCGUACGCUCACUCUUCGACUACCGGGAGACACACAGCCUGGACAGCGACGGAGACGGCAUCAAACCGGCGCCGCCACUGCGGGGGCGCGGCUGUGGAAGAAAAAGGAAAGGGACACCCGUGAAAGUCUUUGUUACACAGACUGAGGAAGAGAGCGUGCCUGAACACAGCUUCAGCCAAGGUGAUCGUAAAGAGGCAGCAGAGACUAAACGGCCCACGCUGGACGGGCCGUUCUACAACACAGAGCCUGCACCUCACAACUGUGGGCCGUCAGCGCAGGCUCAUGACAAAGUCUCCACUGCUUCCAAGAGCAGCUCCUGCUCAGCCUCUACACCAGCUCCAGCUCCUGCCGCGUCCUCGGCCCUAACCCCAACACCGCUCCCUGCUCCUGCCCCAGCCACGGCCACCUCAGCUCAGGCCCGAUCUCUCACCCCUGCGUCGACGGCUCCAGCUGCUCCGACAGCCUCCGCUCCAGCCCCAACAGCCAGCUCAUUCCCCCCCUCCCCUAACUGCCGCAUCCGAGAGGUCCACUGUGGCAGCCAGGUGCGGUUGGUCGUUAUCGCCAUCCGAGACAUCACCAAGGGGGAGGAGAUCACUGUGGACUACAGCCUGACAGAGUGGGGAGAGAACUUGGGUUUCCGUGGUACUGUGUCUCCUGCUCAACACGAGUGUAACUCUGACUCUGAGAACAACAACAGUAUCAAAAAGGAGGAUGAGCCUCUCUCUCUGGCAGCGCAGCAACAGCAGCAGCAGCGGCAACAACAACAACAGCAGCAGCAGGAAUACGUCACCCCCUCUUGGUCUCUCUCCCCCUCCUCCUCCCCCAUCUCCCACUCUGACGCCAGUGACUCAGACGCUGGAGAUGAAGACAACGGCAGCCCCCGUGGGCGCCCACCACGCCGGCGCAAGAAGCGGCGCGGCACUCCUUCAAAGAAAAAGACCCCCCACCGAACCCCACCCGGCCGGCCCGCGCUGGUCUCCCCCACCGACAUUCCCCAUCACACCCGUCCACUAUCUUCAUCCCACUCUCCAGCACAGUCCUCCCCUCCCUGCUCGUCCUCCUCCUCUACAGCUAAGCCUGUGUUCAAAGCUCCGGCUCCGCUGGGCUCCAACACCAAAAGCAACGUCAACAUAAAUGCCCCCAGAGGAAGCGUGUCUAUAGACUCCAUGCGCCAAACCUGUGAGCACUGUGGACGCCACUUCCGCUCCCUGGGUCGCCACUUGGAUAAACACCAUGCCCACCAACCAGAAGUGUGCUCUGCCCUGGUGGAGCGCUACACACAGAUGCCCCGUCUGCAUGCACAGAGCACACACACUACCACAGCUCACACACAUACUCCACAACUCUCAAAGUCACCGCAAGUGGCGGGACAGAGCCACAGUUCAGAUCUUCCACAGAUUGGCGUCCAGGACCUCUCCAUGCCUCCGCCCACUCUCACAGCAGCUAACCAGUCCCCUACCUCCUCUGGAAGAAACUCCACCCCACCCGUACUGACUCCUCCACGAGGACAGAAAGCAAUGCCAGUCUCUGUCUUAAAGAGAAGCCCGCCUCCUGUGGCUGUCUUGCAGUCCAGGAAGGGCGCAAUGAGGAGGCUAAAGACAGAAAGACACGAGGAGGAGGAGGGAGAGAACGAGGAGAACGAAGAUGAAGACGACGUGGAGGUCGUGGAGGUUAAGAGGCCCAAAGAGGAGGAGAAUGUUGAGGUGCUGUGUCCACAGUCCUUCAGCAGCAAGCUGGCCAAAGAGAUGCAGCCAAAAGAAGAGGAAGAUGAGGAGGAGGAGGAGGAAGAAGAGGAAGAGGAGGAGGAGAAUGGAGUGAUGGAGGUGGAAGAUGAAAGUGGGCCAGAGGAUAAGGAAAAGGACUUGCUGAGUGGUUCGGGCCGUCACCACAUGCUGCCCCUCCUCUCGUCUUUGUCCUCUCUGGUGCUGUACCUUCGUCGGCUGCAACACUCGGCCUUCUUGUCCCUGUCUCGGCAGCUACAAUCAGCAGAGGCCUGGCGCCUCCUCUGCCACUCCAGCCUGGCUCUCCUCAUCCUGUACAACCGACGACGGGAAUGUGAAGUCUCCAAGCUUUCCAUCGCUGAAUAUCGUGCUCGCAUCACUCCACAGUGCCCUGUUCCUGUCCCGCCUGGUGCCCCUCCAGCUCUCACUCCACUGGAGGCGUCCUUGUCUCCCUUUGAGCGACUGGUGCUCCCUCAUCUCCCUAGAGUUGGAGUCCAGGGUAAACGUGGACGAGUCCAGCCCCUCAUCCUCCCGCCUCACUGCGAGCCCUGCCUGGAGCUCCUCCUGCAGACGCGGCAUGAUGUGGGAGUCGACCCCACAAACCCCUAUGUCUUCGCCAGGCCCUACCACUCCCCUGCCACACCACUGCGAGGUACUGACCUCCUCCGCAGCCUGGCCCGAUCAAGUGGUACCCGAAAUCCCCGCGCCCUGACGCAGACCAGGGUUCGCCGGCAGGUAGCUAUACUGACCCAGCUGCUGCUGCUGGGAGAAGGAGAGGAACCUGGAGGCAGCGCUGUGGAGAGACUGGAGCACUUCCUAGAGAGGGAGUACCACGUGACGCAGAACUGUGCUGGAAUUGGCCAAGACCCAGGCCUGAUGGGAAGAGUGGGCCGAGUGGUGCUUUGUGGAGAGAGAGAUGGCGUGCUGUUCAGAGGAAUGAGUCUGAACCACAUCUGCCUGGAGCUGGACGUUAUGUCAGGAAACUCUGCAGACUCCUACUCAGAGGGAGAGUCUGAAGGGGAGCAGGUGAAGGAGAAGCCUGAGGCGCCCGCCCCCGCUCCUGCUCCGACCCCUACACCUACUCUGCUGUAUGUCAGGAAGGGCAAGAACAAUGGGCGGGUGGGACGACCCAAGAAGCUGAAGAACACCCAGCCAACCCCUACACCUCCUCCACCUCCACAACCUGUAAACCGCAGGAGAGGCUCAGGUCAGCCCAAAUCAGGAAAGCGAGGUGUCCUGAAGCGUCCCUGGUCAGAGGCGGAGCGCGCGGCAGUCGAGGAGCACUUGACCCAGAACAUCACAGAGCUGCGAGUCCCCGCAAAGGCUGACUGUGAGCGCUGCCUGCAGCAGUGCCCCCUGCUGGUCAGCAACCACCGCGACUGGCGAGCCAUCAAGUUCUACUGCCACAAUCGUAUUCAGCUGCUGAAGAAAAACCAGCGGCGUGAAAACGAGCCGAUGCCACUCACUGUCUGCUGAGGCGGGGGAGUGUUCGGGUGAGGGAGGGAGUGGAGGGGCUGCAGGUUCUGGUGUGGUGCAUCUGAUCAGAGCAGAUUCUCAAAUGGUCCCCCUGCUGCCCAGGAAAUGCACUAAAAUUUUGAGAGGAUGGUCCCAAAUUUCACUCUUCUGGUAGUGUGGUUUUGUUUUUGACACUGUUUCCAAUUUGACACCGGAUGGCUUCUUUUUAAUUCUGAGCCAAAUAAGAACAGAAAUCUGAAUUUAAGAUUUUGCUGCUCUACUUCAAGGUCUUAAAAAAAUGACACUAGAGUCUUUAUGGUGCUCCUGGUGUGAGGGUUACAGUGCGAGUCUGGUCAGAAGCAGAGCACGUGGACAGGUGCCGCUUUAGACACUUCAGAGGGACUUCCUGACACUGGCCUGUGUUGUGUUGUAUAUGGACAUUUUUUUCUCUCCUUCCCAUACACUAAACUCAAAUGUAAACAUGGGAGGCAGUUGAGCCCUACAGUGUUGUUAUAUAAACGUCGUGAAGUAGCAUUAGUGUUUUAUGCACUUGGAGACGUUAAUAGGACAAAUGGCCUGUGCUCAGGCCACACUUUUCUUAAUAGUGGCUAUAUAUUUAGAGUAGGCCAAACUAGCGCUAACCUAGAAGAAUAACUACAUCUUUCCUCAAGCGAGCUAGUUCUUCUUUUCAUACAGCUGACUGUGCAAUUCUAACAAUGGUUUCAUUAUAUUUAGACCAUCAUCCACAUGUAAGGUACUAGCUGAAGAAAGAGUUACUCUUUUGCAGUUUUUUAUUUAAUUUAAAGAGGAACUCAAGAUUACGAUGGAGAUGAAUUUUCAACAAACUCCAGAGUGUUUCAUGAGAGACGAUAACGAAUGUUGUGAAGUUACUUUCGGAUACCUAAGAUGAUUAAUUAAACCACAAACACAAAUACUGUUCAGAAACCUGAUGUGUUGGACUGUUCAAGAUGUUAAUAGUUACCAUUUCCCCUCUGUUCUCGUUUCCUAUUGUUUGUUCUUUUCUGCCUGUUGCACAUUUGUUAUUCAAAGCAGUAAAAAAGGUGCUAUAGGCCAAUAAGCUGGAUAUCACUUUAUAUGUGGAGAGGAGAUUCCCCGUGGUUGUUUUAAAAGUCUCUAGAAAAUGGGCAUUUACCUGAGAAGUGAUUGUUUUGUCACCACGUUUGUUGCAUUGUCUGUGUCGUCUGUUCCAACGGCUAGAGCUCCUCCUCCUGUCCUUGCCCGGCCACACUACACGCAGCUCGACCAGAUUUUUUCAGCUUCUCUUCAGAGUCGCUGGAAAAAAUCUGCGUCCAUCGGACUAAAACCUCCAUGAAACCUCAAGACAGAUACUUGAAGUUAUUUAAACCUUUUGCAGAAUCUUUGUGUUCUGUCUUGCUCUAGCCUUGCCAGUUACAUUGUACAUAACAAAUAUAUUAUCAUUAUGCUAACUGGUUGUUUGUGCUAGGCUAUAUGUAGCUUUUACCAUUUCUGAGUUAUUGCUAUCUGUAAAUAAGCCUGUUUGUAAAUACUCCUCAGAGAAACAAAGAAAAAACACAAUGUAUGACAUGCCUUGGUUAUUGUGUUAUGUUUUUUCUUUUUUUUUUAUAAGUCUU